AUGGUACCGGCCUGUACUUUGGGCCUGUACUUUGGUGCUGGUGCCGGUUGGUGCUGGUGCUGGUGCUGCUGUUGCCAGUGCCGUGCGGCCAACGUCACAGACUCGUUUGCGCACAAACCUGGACUGGAACUGGAGGGCACCACCACCAACUUUUUUUUGCUGCGCACAAGCCACACUACCGCUGUGGAAUCCGCCAUCUUGGCCAUUGGUGCCACUUUUCACUCCAAGGUACCCAGGCAUUUGCUUCCAUCGCCUGCCAAUUCCAUCAUGCUCGACAUGCAAAUUCUCCAUGACUCGACCGUCGUCAGGGCCACGACACAAGCGUCUCGAAGCCAUCCUUCCUCGCAGGCUUCGGAGGUUCCUCAGACUCUGGGCUUCCCGCCUUGA